CCCCAUUACACUGUUGUUUGCAAUUUGUGACUCGUUCUAAGAACACUUUCUUUUGUGGUAUUUCAAGCAAGCUGCCACAUUUAUUGGUAUUUAUCUAAAACAACACAAGCGGUUUAAAGUCCUCCCUCUUCAAUCGAGUGAAAAAAAAAGGUGAUCAUAUGAUCAUUAGCUGGUUACUUCCUCAAACUUUCUCAGACGUCUCUUCCCUCGUGACCAGCAGCAGUGUGACUUGCAUUCUGUCCGUGCCUUCCCCCGGUCCAUAGGUGUUUUCAUAUGUACAUAGCUUCGCCUAGAGCAGAAAACUAAAACAUCGCGCUAUAACAGUGGAGAGGUAGCCAGCUAACCCAUGGCAAGUUCGGAGGCAAGAACCAGACAAAAGAAGCGACAACGAACACCGAAUGGAGGAGUGCGCGCAGCAUUGUUUCUCGCGCUGUUUACCUGCACGCUCAGGUGUUCGGAAUGCGAAAAACCGAGCAAUAUCGUCCUGAUUUUAGCGGAUGAUCAGGAUGUGUACCUCGGGGGAAUGACACCUAUGAAGAAAACCAAAGCCUUGAUUGGAGAUGCUGGAGCCACCUUUUCAAAUGCUUUUACGGCGACCCCGCUGUGUUGCCCCAGUAGGAGUAGUAUCUUAACGGGGCAGUACCCCCAUAACCACUCAGUGAGGAACAACUCCCUGGAUGGGAACUGCUCCAGCCCUCUGUGGCAGAAAGGACCAGAGACCACGGCCUUCCCUGUCUACCUCAGCAAACAGCAUUACCAGACCUUCUACGCCGGGAAGUACCUCAACCAGUACGGGAAGAAGGAAACAGGGAAUGUUGGCUAUGUUCCCCCAGGCUGGGACCAAUGGCAUGCACUGAUGGGGAACUCUCAGUACUACAACUACACUCUGUCAGUCAACGGUAAAGAGGAGCAGCACGGAGACAAUUAUGAAAAAGACUACCUCACAGACCUCAUAUUGAACAGAUCUCUCCAUUUCCUGGAUGACAGGAGUCCCCAGCGUCCGUUCUUCAUCAUGUUGUCCCCUCCCGCCCCUCACUCCCCCUGGACCGCCGCCCCUCAGUAUGAGAAAAACUUUACAGAUGUCAAAGCCCCCCGGGAUGGUAGCUUUGACAAACCCGGGAAGGAUAAACACUGGUUGUUGCGCCAGCCUAGCAACCCCAUGCCCAGCACCUCCCUGAACUUCCUGGAUAAUGCCUACAGGAAAAGGUGGCAGACCCUGCUGUCAGUGGAUGACAUGGUGGAGGCGCUGGUCAAGAAACUAGAAGGGCUGAAGGAGCUCAACAACACCUACAUCUUCUACACUUCUGACAAUGGCUACCACACCGGUCAAUUCUCUUUGCCCAUUGACAAGAGACAAUUGUACGACUUUGAUAUCAGGAUCCCUCUCAUGGUACGUGGGCCAGGCAUCAAACCCCAACAGACACUCCUGGCCCCGGUGUUGAACAUAGACCUGGCUCCCACUUUUCUGGACAUCUCAGGACUCAACCUCUCCUUUGUUAAUAUGGAUGGACAGUCCUUCCUCUCUCAGAUGGCCCCUGAGCUGCGUAACGGUACAGCUCGCCCCUACUUCCUGGUAGAGUACACAGGAGAGGGACACCUUGACCCUGACCCCGCUUGCCCUAAACUGGGCCCUGGUCUGUCACAAUGUUUCCCAGACUGUGUGUGUGAGGAUGCCUACAACAACACCUAUGCCUGUGUUAGGACCCUGGCUGAACACAACCUGCAGUACUGCGAGUUUGCAGACACUGAGUCAUUUGUUGAGGUAUAUAACUUGACCUCUGACCCACACCAAUUGGAGAACAUUGUUAAGAAGGUUGACCCCACCCUCCUCCAGGCCAUGAACCAACGGCUGAUCAAGCUGCAGUCAUGCGAGGGCGACAGCUGCCGUGCCACCAAGAUAUAACCAGUCACACUGCAAGCAGGGUGGGACCAUAGCCUAGUGCCAACGUCCAAUCCCAAAUUUACCCCAUAGCCCCUUAUCCAUAUGCAACCAAAUGUAGAUCUGAAAGGUAUUAACAAUAUGGCGAUGAGCUUGUUUGAGAACAUACAAAACGCCUCGAAAGCAGUAGGUGACGGUUGGGAGGUACAUCUGUGACCACAAUGUUGGACACCAUCAGAGGUUUUCCCAAAGCACGGCUCAUAUCAAUAUGGCUGUCAAUGUUUAGAAAAUCCCAAUAGAAUAUGAAAAUAAGGUCCACAUGGAUAUAUUUGGCAUGAUAUUCACCAGAUUGCUUGUGGCGUAAUGCUCCUUUUUAGAUCUACACAAGUGCUUAGGAGCGAGGGCUAGAGAGGUCGAUUUGGGAUUGGACAAAUGCUGUCUGAGUAUAAUUAGCAUAGUGAGCACUGUUCCACCUGAACUGUGCUGAUGUUUCACUCUGUGGAUGGACUAACCCAAACUCUACCUACCCUCAGUCCAUCCACAUACUGUGAUGUUAUUGUGUUGGCAGGCAUGUUGCACUGUAUAGACAGACUCCUUGGGUGUGUUCCAGAGACACAUUUUACAUGCAGAUGAUGAUGAUAAUUUGGUGGGUGCUUAUAUUUGUCCUAUUUCACUCAUUGUAUUAUACGCAUGUGUGAAUUGGAAUUUAAGGAACCACAUCAGUAUGUUCUAAUAAGAAAAUAUAUGCAGAAAAUGUAACUGGAACACACUGUUUAUCAUGAUUAUGUUCUUUAUAUCUGAGUACAGGGUCUGGCAUCCAAUCAACCUUUUUCUCACUAGCCAGAGCCAAUCAGAAGUCAGUGUCAUUACCACCGAAAGGAAGCGGUUGCAAUAGCAAUGUAGAGGUUUUGACCCAAUUUAGCCCAAGGUUUCCCGGAGUAGGAUGAUGAAGUCCCUAGACACCGAUCUGUUAUCCCCCCCCCCCCUCAAUGCUUUUCACCAUCAAUCCCAUUUAGCCAACCUGCCUUUCCCCUUGCUUUAUGGUCUUGUUCACACUGUGGGUGGCGAAGUGGCUACUUCUCGCCCAAUGGAAUGAUUUCCCUGUUUGCCACUCGCUGUAUGUAUGGAGCAUAAGGAAGACGAGAGCUGUGUUUUACAUUUUAGUCUAUGAGCACUUUUCCAGGGAAAGAGAGGUGAAAGAAGGGAAAACUGAACGAGCCUGUUCCUUCAGAAUGUGAGCCCAGAGGACAAGUGGUAUUUGUCCUAUCUUUGCUGUUUGUGUGCCUCCCAACCUGCCUCACAAUAAGCUGUACUUUCUUCCAUUUAGUGUGCACUUGUUGACUUCGUGGAUUUCAAAGUAAAUUACUGGUAUUAUAAGACAUUAACUCCCUUUAGUCCAUGUCUAUACUGAUCCAAUGGUAUUAAAUGUAUGGGAAGGAGUGUACAAGUGCACACUUUAGAAGAAAGAACAGAUUGGGACACAGGCAAGGUGUCUGAGAAUGUGAAGUUUACUGUCUGUGUAAACAAAAUGUUCUACAAUGAGUGAUACAGUCUGAGUAUUAACCAUUAUAGCCAUGAGACCCUUUUUUUCCAAAAUAAAUCAAGAGGGACAUUUUCCUAGAUGUAGAUCAGACAAAUGUUAUUCGUGUGGAAUCGUUUUAAUUGUUUUGAAAAAUCAAUGUGGCCUUACAGACAGGAAUAUAUCACUGAUAUUUAAGGGAAUUGUUCAUACUCUAACCUUUGAUAUGGACGAAGAUGAUGUAAUCUGUGUGCCUUGUCUUUUUGCACUGAAGCAGCUUUUUAAUGCUUUGUUCAAUGUGACCGCGUCAUGAGAAAUCAAUAAACGAAAAAGCAUUCCA